GGAAGGCUGGUCCGCAGACAAUGGCAUUGUCAUUCCGCCUCCUCCCUUGGAAGUCUAUGGAGGAGACGCCGGAGCUGCCCAGCACGCGCGCGCCUAGCACAAGCCUGCUCUUCGGUGCGACGCGCGCACCGGGAGGCACAGACCGGCGUCUCAGGCGCGUCCCCGUUGCCUUGCAGCCGCCCAGGGAUCAUUCGGAGCCCAGGCCUCAGUGAUCCGGGGCCAACAUGGCGCUUGUGCCCUGUCAGGUGCUGAGGGUGGCGAUCCUCCUCUCCUAUUUCUCCAUUCUGUGCAAUUACAAGGCCAUUGACAUGCCUGCUCACCAGACCUAUGGAGGCAGCUGGAAAUUCCUGACGUUCAUUAAUCUGGUAAGUUCUCCCCCGCAUUCAAAGUUGGUUUGUUCUGGUGCCCCUAGUGCUAACUGUGAUUGCAAAAGUGUCAUGAGCUCAGGAACACCUAUCAGUGCAAGUGAGGUAGCGGGAGGUCACGGUGUCUGCCACCACAGUAUUGUUGUUCAAGCAGUCUUUUUUGGGAUCUGCGUAUUGACUGACCUUUCCAGCCUUCUGACCAAAGGAAAUGACAGCCAAGAACAAGAAAGACAACUAAAAAAACUCAUUUCCCUACGUGACUGGAUGAUGGCUGUUUUAGCUUUCCCUAUUGGAGUUUUUGUUGUGACAAUGUUUUGGAGCAUCUAUAUAUAUGACAGAGAACUAGUUUACCCCAAACUCCUUGAUAAUUUUAUCCCACCUUGGCUGAAUCAUGGAAUGCAUACCACUGUUUUGCCUUUUAUAUUAAUUGAGAUGAGAACAACACAUCAUGAAUACCCCAGCAGGACCUCUGGACUGAUUGCCGUAUGCACUUUCUCUGUUGCCUACAUAUUAUGGGUUUGUUGGAUAUAUCAUGUAACAGGGGUUUGGGUAUACCCCCUUCUGGAGUACCUUGGUUCGGGAACUAAAAUUAUUUUCUUUGCAAUUGUAACUGCAAUAAUUACCAUCUUCUACUUGCUGGGUGAGAUACUAAACAACUGCAUCUGGGACACACAAAAAUGUAUGGAAGAAGGAAAAGAAAAACCUAAAUUGGACUGAACAUGGGAUGAAAAGAAGCAAAGGAUAACUUGCAGCCAUGUGGAAAGCACCUCAGUGUAAGACGUGUUGCUGGAGAAGGAAAAUUCCAUGAACAGUGCAUCCAGUAUACUUUUAUUUUUCUAAAAAGGAAUAUUGAUUUAGUGACACAUUCUUCCUUCCGCUAACUGUAUCUACCCAUGAGAAUAUGUAUCAUGGAUAUCUUCACAAAGCCCUCAACACAUGCCCUGAUGCAUAUCAGCGUUAAGGAUCUUCCUCUCAGAACGAAGACUGAAGGAUUCUGUUCUAUCUCUGAUGCAGAAAUAAAUUUAGGCAGGCCAAGACUGAAUCAAUGGGACAAUCAUCUGCAAUGGAUCAGUCCCAAUGAGCAAAUCAAAGAAUUCUGCGGCAUUACGACCAUGAACUUACUGGCAGUAUUGGGGAAAUAAAUGUGAGAGUGGGAAAGAAGUUGAAGGUUGAAGUGAGGACCCUGUGAGAGGCUGAGUAUACCUGAGGUGCCCAUAACAGCAGUGCAAACUGUUUAUACUCCUUCUCCCCUCUUAAGCUGUGUUUUAAUUUGUUCAAGGAGCAGAUGUAAUGUAACAAGCUGCUUUAAAUAAGUGGUGCUAAUUAUCAGAGCAAACAAUAAUUACAGCUGAAAUCUAUAUACAUAUUCUGUCUUAAAAUUCAGUACCACUUCAAUAAAGAUCAAACUAUCUCUA